AUUUGCUUGACACAAACAGAUAUAAACAACAAAGCAGCAACGUGUUUCUUUGUUGCAAUAUGGAUUUUGCCAAGAAUAUUCUACAGAAAUAUGGCUGGAAAGAAGGGCUUGGACUUGGCAAAAACAUGGAUGGUAUUGCGGCGCCUAUCAGAGCUAGCCGUAAGCACGAUACUAGCGGAAUGGGAGCACAUGCAGUAAACGAUGGAACUAACAAUUGGUGGGAGCGUGUUUACAAUGAAGCGGCCACAAAUAUCGAUGUAAAGCCCGGUGGUGGUAAUGGUACGGGCGGGGAAGUUACCCUCCAGCAGCUGAAUCCCAACGCGGUUGAAAUAACGACCAAAAGUUACUCGAUGAACAAACUGCUACGGAAAACCCGGAAUCAGAAAGAUGGGCAGAAAUCAAAGUACGGCAGCGUAUUUCUCAAAGCUUCCACAUUGUUGGGCAGUACGGGACGUGAAGAGGAUGUGCCGAAUCACGUGCGUACGGAGGAUAUCGAAUUCGCUCCGGUGAAAACUCUUACGGACGAGGAGUUGUUUGCAGCGUGUGGCGGUCGAACGGCUCACAAAGGUGCUCGUCACGGGCUAGGCUUAACGGGCAAGCUGGCACGCAUCGACGAACAAAACAAUAAGCUCUUGAAGCAGUUGGAAAGCAAAUCGUUCGAAGCUGUGAUAAAAUCAAACGACUGGCAGGUACAGUUAUCUAAAAAUGGGCGCAAAAGGUCCAAAAAACAGAAACGGAACGAGCAAAGAUGGAUCGAUCAUCACGGGCCGGUGGAAGCGGACGAGGACACGGAAGUGAGGGACAUGAUACAUCAUGCCGAUUACGUGGUGGCGAAAAAUAAAAAGAAAAAGCAGACACAACAAAAAAUCGAUCAAGAGCUGGCAAACGGAUUGUCCGGUAUGUUUGCCGAACUGCCAGAAGAGGACGGUCUGGAAGAGAAUGAGCCGGUGGAGGAGGUAGUGGCGGGAAAGACCAAAAAGUCGAAAAGUAAAUCAAAAAAGGCUCUUUGUCUGGAUGAUGAGCUAGAUCUGUUGAGUGAGAAGAUUCGCAAGCUGGAUCACAGCUCGAUAACGAUAAAGAAAAAGGAUAAGAAAAAGAAGAACAAGAAGAAGCAGACGAAGAGCAACGAUGAUGAUGAUACGGCGAUGCUUGAUCCAGCGGCAAAGUAUCGCAAAGAUUAUCGUCCCGACUUGAAGCAAAACAAUCAGCUGCUGAGAACAAAUGUGCCUCAUGAAGUGGCGGAAGAGAAACCGGCUAAAAAGCCGGCACCAUUGCUACGAUCCGAUUCGAGCGAUCAGGAGGAAGAGGAUGUGGUGCAACGGGUGAACGAGGAGCAGAAUCGGUACUGGUCAAAGAUGCGUGCCAAUGUGCCAAAGAUAAACAUUAUUGAACCGACGGAAGACGAUUGUCUGGUGCUGGGUCAAAGUUUGAAGGAGCGGCACCGGAAUGAGGUGAAGCGUGUGGGCAGCAAUCGCACGGCGAGUGGGAAACGCAAGAAGAGCAAAAAAAGCCAACGCCAAUUGGCCCAGUUGGCGGAUAAAUUGAGCAAAAAUUUGUAAACGGAAAGCAAUAAUUCACUUACCGUACACCAACGUGUUGGUGCGGUAGGCCUUUA